AGCAGCUCCUCCCGCUUCCUCGAGCUGCCCGCAGACCGGACAGCAGCAGCAGCAGCAGCAGCAGCAAAGCUCCAAUCAGCAGGAAAAUCACGUCCUUCUUUGGAUUUAACUCUCCGUGAGUGACCGACACUUCACCGGAGCACCGACAGUGUCCCCUCUGUGAACCGACCACCGUCAUGCUGUCCCCGGGACUCUCCGUGUCUCUGCUGGCCGUGUCCUGCGCCCUGUGGCCGGCUGCGGUCCGGGCAGCGUCCUGUGAGUCGGUGCGGAUCCCGCUGUGCCGGUCCAUGCCGUGGAACAUGACCAAGAUGCCGAACCACCUCCACCACAGCACGCAGGACAACGCGGUGCUGGCCAUCGAGCAGUUUGAAGGGCUGCUGGGUACUGGCUGCAGUCCAGAUUUGCUCUUCUUCCUGUGCGCCAUGUACGCUCCCAUCUGCACCAUAGACUUCCAGCAUGAGCCCAUCAAACCGUGCAAGGCAGUGUGUGAGAGGGCGAAGCACGGCUGUGAGCCGGUGAUGAAGCGUUACAACCACAGCUGGCCCGACAGCCUGGCCUGCAGCGAGCUGCCGCUGUACGACCGUGGAGUCUGCAUCUCACCUGAGGCCAUCGUGAAGGCAGAGGGACCAGAUCCAUAUUACCAGGACCCAGCCAGGUGUAACCCAGAAUCCAGUCCAGACUUUCCAAUGGACUCCAACAACCUCCACUGCAGAGGACCAGACGGAGAUCGCUGCAGGUGUAAGACGGUCAAAAUGACUUUGAAGACCUAUCUGAGGAACAACUACAACUACGUGAUCAGGGCGAGAGUGAGGGAGGUGAGGAACCGCGGCCUGGAGCCCACAGCGGUGGUGGAGGUGAAGGAGGUGCUCAAGUCUUCUCUGGUCAACAUUCCCAAGGAGACGCAUACACUCUACUACUCUUCCUCCUGCCUGUGUCCUCCUCUGUCUCCCGGGGAGGAGUUCCUCAUUAUGGGCUAUGAGAACGAGGAGACGUCCAGGUUGCUGCUGAUCGACGGCUCCAUUGCUCAGAGGUGGAGGGACAAAUUGGGCAAGAAGGUCAAGAGAUGGGAUGACGUCCUGCAGGGGAAAGGCCGAGCAGCUCAGCGCCGGAGUCGCCACUGAGAUCUGACUGUGUGUGUGU